ACGCUGAAAGUCAAGAUGCAGACCUUCCCCCGCCUGUACUCGGGCCUCGUCGACUGUUUCGUCAAGACCUACACUCACGUGGGCUUGCGAGGCCUCUACAGGGGCACGGGCCCCGCGCUGCUGGCCUUCGUGGCGCAGAACUCCGUCCUCUUCAUGUGCUAUGGUUUCUGCAAACAGUUUGUCAGGACAGUGGCCGGCCUGGACAAAAAGGCGAAACUGAACGACCUGCAGUCCGCGGCCGCCGGCUCCUUCGCCUCAGCCUUCGCCGCGCUGGCCCUCUGCCCCACUGAGCUGGUCAAGUGCCGGCUGCAGACCAUGCACGAACUGGAGAUGUUGGGGAAGAUAACCAAGAGCCAUAACACCAUCUUGUCAGUGGUGAGGAGUAUUCUGCAGAAGGAUGGCUUCUGGGGCUUCUACCACGGCCUGUCCAGCACUCUGCUACAAGAAGUUCCUGGCUACUUCUUCUUCUUUGGUGGCUAUGAACUGAGCCGGUCGUUUUUUGCGGCAGGCAAAUCCAAAGAUGAACUGGGCCCUGUCCCCUUGAUGUUAAGUGGCGGAGUCGCCGGAGUUGCCCUUUGGCUCAUCAUCUUCCCAGUGGAUUGUAUCAAGUCCAGGAUUCAGGUUCUUUCCAUGUAUGGAAAACAGGCAGGAUUCUUGGGAACUCUUGUAAGUGUGGUCAAAAAUGAAGGAAUAGCAGCCUUAUACUCUGGACUGAAACCUACCAUGGUUCGAGCCAUCCCUGCCAACGGGGCACUGUUUUUGGCUUAUGAAUACAGCAGGAAGAUGAUGAUGAGCCAGCUGGAACCGGCCUAGGCGCAGGUGGAUCUAAGCCAGGUGUCUGAGGACAGCAGUUCCAUUCAGAAUCCUUGGAGUGCCAAACCUAUGUGCAAUUAUUUUUUUCUACAUGGCAGGAAUUUUGAUUUUUGGCUUUUUAUUCUCACAUUUUCGACAUGUGGAAGGACCUCUACAUCAUAACAUUUCUGCCGUAAUUGUAUUAAAGUAGGAAUGUCCUUGUCCUUGCUUUUGCUGGCAUAAACAGUGGAGGCCAGAGGCCCACUAUGUACCUAAUAUGAAAGACUAAAUACAGUUCUUUCAGG